AUGGCUGACGAUCAACGGCCGAUAGGUCUGCUGUUCGACAUUGGAGGAGUGUGUGUUGUUUCUCCCUUUCAGGCUAUUCUGGACUAUGAACUGGCCCACAACAUUCCCCCAGGAUGGGUGAACUUCAGUAUCUCUCGUACCUCACCCAACGGCAGCUGGCACAGACUUGAGCGCGGGGAGAUCAAGAUGGAUGCCGACUUCUUUAAGGAAUUUAACAAGGAUCUACGAAACCCUGACCUAUGGAAGGCGUUCCACGAGAGACUUCAGAAACAGCGCCCGGAUAGUAGUGCGCCAACAUCGGUUCCUCCAUUACCCGCCCUGGACGCAGAGUUCCUCUUCUGGGAGAUGAUGAGGGUGUCUAGGACGCCGGAUCCAUAUAUGUUUCCUGCUCUGAAGAAGUUGAAGCAGUCAGGAAAAUUCGUUAUGGGAGCUCUGUCAAAUACAGUUAUCUUCCCCGAUGGACAUCCGUACAACACAGACAUUGAUGAUAAGAAGUCGCAAUUUGACUUCUUCAUCUCAUCUGCGCAUACGGGUCUCAGGAAACCCGACGGGAAAAUAUAUCAGGUUGCGCUGCAAGAGAUGGAUAAGGUAGCGAGGAAGAAGGGUCUAGGUGGGAUUCGCCCGUCUGACAUUGUGUUCCUCGAUGACAUUGGAGAGAACCUUAAGGGUGCAAAGAAAGCUGGCAUGCGAACCCUGAAGGUUAAUCUGGGACGGACCCAGGAUGCUGUUAAGGAGCUGGAGAGGAUGACAGGCCUUCAAUUGCUAGAGACUCCAGAAAAACCGCGGCUGUAA